CAUGGCCGACCACGUGGUCGUAGAUCGGAAAGUGGUUCUGUCAUUUAAUCCUGAGUUUUUGGCUCAAUUUACCUCUCUUGCUGAGGUUAGAGAUGUGGAAAGGAAUAAAGCUUGUCAGCAGUUGCUAACUCAUCUAAAAGGAAAGCAAGAACUUAUCGGAAAGGGUAAACAUGGAGCAAAAGGGUUGUGUACAGAGUUGGAAUACUCAAUCGAUAGGCUCGUCCGUGGUGCAGGAUCAGGUCGAGAAAUGGCCAGGGUUGGCUACACUGUUGCCCUUACAAAUAUCUUGAGGACUUUCAACGAUGUUACUGAGGACCUGGUCCUGGCGUCAUUCAAGGAAAACUUGAAGUUUCCCAAACAAGAAGCAAAAUAUGAUCAGUCCCAGGUGUUGUUGGGGAAGGUUAUGGUAUUCACGUCCCUGGUCGUCUCCGAGAGAUUACACAAAUCCAGUGUAGAAAACAUUGAGUUUGUUGUAAGUGGCCUGCUGAAGAUAAUCAAUGAGAAGAGUAUCUUGAAACAAUUAUGCAUCAACUGCCUCAUUGAGCUUUGUAAACGGACGUCAGCAAAAGUGUUCAGUCAUACAGUGCUUCCUCUAUUGAGUACCGACUUGAAGAAAGGUUGGAUGAACUGUGAUCCCAAUGACCUACACCUCGUGUGGAGUUUGGCAAAAUCUCAACCGCAAACAUUCGGUGCGAAAUUUCUUGUGGAAUAUUGGAAUGAGAAGGAAAUAUUGUGCGAUGCAAAUUUGCCCAAGAUAGCUGAUGUCACUAUGCAGUCGGCCAGCUCUCAGCCCUGUGUACAUCCUAUGUGUAUUGACAUACUGCAAGAGGCUAUGAAGAAUGAAGAACUAUUCAAGAAAUAUUGGAGCUGUAUUAUUGAUGGUGCAUUGUUGACCGCUCAAAAUUCCAAAAAGGUUCUGGCUUACAAAUUGGCUGAAGAAACACUCAAGCGAGCGCAGAGUGCUGGUACUGUGCGAACAGUUUUGUCAAAAGGCAUUCUCGAUAAUCUGUGCGCCCAUUGUCCAGUCAAGAAUAAUCCUUUGCAUGGUUAUGCUAUGCAGUUGAGCGAAUCCAUUGUCAGAACGGCCAAAAGGCUAGAUGACCAUUCUGUUCAACUCGUGGUCAUCAAAUUACUCCUGAGUUCUCCAUUAUCAUAUCGCUUUGACCACCUCACAAAGACGAAAACGAUUCACAGUCUCAUCUCCUUACUCAAGGGUGAUGCUGUCAAAUCUCUGGCUGAGAUAUGCAUGCAGAUGUUCCAAGGAGAGCGUGUAUUUGGGUCAAAGAAUAUUGACAUUGGCAGUCAGCAGCAGUGGGCAGCAUCCACUUUGACAAGUCUGAUCACCAGCACUGGGUUAGACAGGGAAACAGUGUUGUCUAUCCUUCAGUUUCUUUUCCUCAAUGCAUAUUUUGGUGUGAAAGGCAGCUCAAAAAACAUUCCUCAUUGUUCGGCAAUGGCCAGCAAAGAAAAUGCAAACCACAAGUCAGCUGAAAUCGCUUUCUCUAAAUCACUGGAUCACCUAAUGAUGUACCAACCCAAGACCACUUUAGGUCAAGAUGGCGAGAGUGAAGGUCAACCACAAAAGCAUGCUUACAUGGACACACUAUUUGACGUUAUUCAGUAUGCAAAGGUCCUGCUACAACAUCCUGAUGUAGCUACCCCAAAAAGACAAUGGUCAACAGAGGAGAAAGAAGAGUGGACUAAAUCACUACAACUUAUUGAGAGUAUACCUAAGGACCACCGUUCUCUGGAGGAUGUUGCCUUCCAGUUACUUACAAUGAAUACAGUACUAGAAUUGUUCAAGGAGACAGAGGAUGUACUAGAAGUUCUUGCUGAUAUGAGAAUUUGUUACAAGAAAGCAACCAAGAAGAGACGGAAGUCAGUUGGUUUGAAGUCAGAUGAACCUGAGUGGUUGGACGUGAUGGUGGAGCUGUUCCUGAGUCUCCUCUCCCGGCCAUCUCAUCUCAGUCGUACUGUCGUAUCGUCAACAUACAGAAUGCUGUGCCCUCACAUGACGCGUGGAGCAUUCUCCAUCUUGACAGGUGUGUUCAAGGAUGAUAAGGAAGGUGAAGAAGGCCUUAUUGGCUUCGAAGACGACGAGGACAUUGGCGAAUCAGAUGUGGAGGAUUCGGAAUCAGAGAAAGAAAGCGAGGACGAUGAUGAUGAAGAAGAAGAUGAAGAAGAUGAUGACGAUGAUAGUGGAAAUGAAGAAGAUGAUAGCGUGGACCCUGCGUUAAGAAGAGCAGUGCAGGCUGCACUCGGAAAGGCCGCCAAUAACAGUGAGGAUGAGGAAUCUGAUUCCGAUAUGAGUGAUUCUGCCAUGAUGCGCAUCGAUGAUGCAUUGGCCGAGGCAUUCAAAAGCCAGUCCAAACGUAAACUAGCCAAAGACAAGGAAGAGAAAAAGAAUCAACUGCGACAUUUCAGGAUGAGGUGUCUUGACCUGGUCGUGCUGCAGUUAAAACAUGGCCACAAUAGUACUUCAAUGGGAAUGCUCUUGGACUUGAUCCAGUGUGUACUUGAACUUCUUGAGUUAACAGUCAAUGACAAGAAGGAACAGCCUCUUUACCAUAAGAUAAGGGAAGUGUUGAAUGUUACGCUCAAGCAAAAAAAGGUAGUCAUUGAUGUGGAGGCUGAGGACUUUGUAGAUGCCCUCAAGUCAUACAUAGCUUACUCAAAGAAAGUUUCAGUUUCUGUUUUGCCCGUGAUAGAGUAUAUAGGAAAAGUGGGUGCAUUGAUAGUCAAAGUUGCCACAGGACAUUUGGUUGAUGGAGGACCAAGUCCUAUUAAGACUCGUGCCAAACGUGCCAAGGAAGUGGAUGAAAAGGUGACAAAAGCGGAGUUACCCGAGAUGUUGCUUGAAAUUUAUGAAGAGGCCCUGAAUGAAUUUUUCUACCAGCGAGACUCUCGCCUGAGUCAUCUACUGUUCUCAUGCGUAUUUGAGAGGUACCAGUCCUUUGCCUGGCCGUUGCACAAGUUACUGAUCAAGGUGAUGACUGAUGAUACAUUAAGGGUAUUCUGCAAGCAAAAGGCUGUUUUGAUGAUGUCAUCGCUGAUGAGCAGAAGUCUGGUCAAGGAUGUAGACGAAGACUGGGAUGUGUUUGGUCCAAUGAUCUGUUCGGUGGUUCUCAAGGUUCUCAGUCCACUUUCUGAGACAGGAGCGAUGAAACCAAAGCUAUUUGAACAUACUUUGAAUAUUUUGUUGAAGUUCAAAAAUAUUGCUCAGGCUAACGGAAUCAGUCUGGUUAUUCCUGAAGAGUUCAACCCCAUCAUUGAAGAAGCUAUUAGGAUUAGCAGCAAGGAUUUGAAGGCUGUGUGUCGAAAGUUCCAGAUCCUCAUGAAAAAUAAUGCCAAGAAAAGGAAAAUUGAUGAUGAGAAGGAAAACAGAAGUGCUUCACCAAAGAAGAAAGCAAAGAUGGUUGUUAAGGCAGAGAAUGGCUCAAGCGCUCAUGUCAAUGGUACAAGCAAGGCAGAAACUCCCAAAUCAAAGGAAAAGAAGCGGAGAAAAGGUGACGUUGCGCUUGCUGAUGUGGAGGUUGGGUCAGGUGCUCAGAAGGAAAUCGUGGCCCAAACACCAAACUCCAAGAAGAAAAAGAGGAAAAGUAUUGCAACGAGUACUGAAAUGGACACUGGUGAGAAAGAUGGGUCAAAUAGUCCUCAGGCAGAGUCGAUUGGUAAGAAGAAGAAGAAAAAGAGGAAAAGUAAUGCAUUGAUAACUGAUAUGGACACUGGUGGGAACGAGUUGUCAAAUAGUCCUGUCGAUACUCCUCACGCUGAGUCAACUGGUAAAAAGAAGAAGAAAAAGAGGAAAAGUAAUGCCUCUUCCAUUGAAAUGGACACUAGCACGCAUGGCGUAGAGUCAAUCAGUUCUUGUAAUGAUCGUCAAGUUUCAGAUGAUUUAACAGAAAGUACGGAAGAUGUAUCUAUUGUUGAGUAUGAUGUAUCUCACUGCGACCUUCUUUCAUUGCAAACCGUGACAAAAACACCAAAAUCUGCCAAGAAACGCAAACAAAAAGUUGAUGAGGUAGCUACCAAAUUGUCUUUUGAUUCACCACAGUCCAGAUCACCAGCACUUCAAAGUACUCCCAAGUCUGUUGUUGCCAGUACUACUCCAAGGUCCUCCCAAAAGAAAAAGCACAGAAGGAAGUCAAUGAGACUUGAGAAGAAGGCAACAUCUUGAUUCUUUGACUAAUUGAAGGGGUCCCUGCAAGAACCCGGUAACCAACAAUUUGGUCAUUUCACCAAAACUUUAAUUUUUUCCACUUACAAGGUCGCAUCAGGUAAAAAAAUUAGUUCCAAUGACAUCAUUCACUGGCAGUCUAGUGCAUAGGGAUUGCACUUACCUGGAUCUUGCUCUUAGCUGAACUGCUGUUUAUGACCUUUUGCUUUUGUGAGCAUUUUCAAUCCAUCAUGACUGGUACCACGUACUGCAAUGCUUUUAAUUUCAGUAGAUAGAGGGCAGUUCGACAAACAAAAAGAAUACCAAUAACUCCAUUUGACGGAAAAUGUUGGUUACUGUAAUAGAGCAGUGACCCCUUCAAUUGUACCCAUUGUUUUACUAUAACUCUAGUAAAGUUUUUUAUAUUGGAUUGAGGAGUUAGUUCCGUGCUUGUUGGGGGUUUGAAUGAGUCAAGAAUACUUGUUUCAUUGAGGGAACAUUUUGGUGCCAUUGAUAUUAUCGUUAUAGAAAUGACCAAAGGUACGACUUCAGAAAUGAAUGUGAAGUACUCUAUUGUUUUAUCUGACUAAGAGUUAUCCUUUUAUCCUCUGCUUCUCAGAUUUUAACAUCAACAAACAUUAACCUCAACUGAUUAUAUUAAAAAUGUUGCUGUACAACAAUGAAUAGAACACAGAAAACGUCAAUAAAGAGUCUCAGUAUAUUUGCUUAGUUAAUUUUUAUUCAUUCCAAUAGAUUAUAAAUGUACAUGUAAUUGUUGAUACUGAUCUACUAAAACUACACGUAUUUUAAAGAAUGAUUGAAUUUAGUUCCUUUUAUAGAAAUCACAAAUUUUGAUAGAAGCAUUCUCAUAUU